CUCUCCUCUCUCUCUCUCUCUCCCUCUUAAGUCCAUAAUGACCAAUCAUCAACCUUCCGUAAAUUAACUGAAUGAAUUUUUGUUCCCUGUACAACACAGUUAAACCUUGAUAAAGCUAGAAUCAAGCCUUGAAAUUCUCUGCUUCAGUUUUCCUCUCUCUCUCUCUCUCUCUCUCUCUCUCUCUCUCUCUCUCUAUAUAUAUAUAUAUAUAUAUCCCUUUGCUCUGGCAAUCACUACUGAGAAAAGAAAUGGCGAUCGAGCAAUUUCCCGAUGAACGCCUUGAGCAGUUUCCGGUGGGCAUGCGUGUAUUGGCCGUCGACGACGACCCCACUUGCUUAAUGCUGUUGCAAACCCUGCUCCGUAAAUGCCAGUACCAUGUUACGACGACCAAUCAAGCAAUCACGGCGCUGAAGCUGUUGCGAGAAAACAUAAACAAGUUUGACUUGGUUAUCAGUGAUGUCCAUAUGCCUGACAUGGAUGGUUUCAAGCUGCUCGAGCUUGUGGGCCUUGAGAUGGAUCUACCAGUCAUAAUGUUAUCUGCGAACGGCGAUACCAAGCUUGUGAUGAAGGGUAUCACACAUGGAGCUUGUGAUUAUUUGCUGAAACCUAUCCGAAUUGAGGAGCUAAAGAAUAUCUGGCAACAUGUAGUGAGGAAAAAGAAGGUUGAGUCCAAGGACGAGAACAAUUCUAACAAGCCUUACCAUGAAAGUGAUGGAGGACAAAUGGGGGACUCAUAUCAAAAUGGUAAGUUGAAUAGAAAGCGGAAAGACCAGAAAGAAGAUGAUGGCGAGGAUCAUGCAGACAAUGGAGACAAUAACGAGGAUGCAUCAAUGCAAAAGAAGCCUCGAGUUGUUUGGACAGUGGAUUUGCACCGGAAGUUUGUUGCAACUGUUAAUCAAUUGGGACUUGAAAAGGCUGUACCUAAAAGGAUUCUCGAUAUGAUGAAUGUGGAGACACUCACAAGAGAAAAUGUGGCAAGCCACCUUCAGAAAUACAGGCUUUACCUGAGAAGGAUUAGUAGCAGCCAACAAGCCGAUAUGGUUGUAGCCUUAGGCGGUGCAGAUUCUGUUUAUCUGCGAACGGGUUCUCUCAAUGGAUAUGGAAAUUACAAUGGUUUAGCUGGCUCUGCUCAGUUUCAUGGUCAGUUUCAGAAUGCUGCUGUCAAUUCCUUAUCAUCCAGUGGGAUGCUUGGUAGAUUGAACAGUGCGGCUGGUCUUGGAAUGCGCGGCAUUUCUUCGUCUACCGGGAUGGUUCAAUUGGGUCAUGCAGACAACUUGAGUAAAACCCCUAUAGGUAAUCAGACGAAAUCCCACCCGAUUCUCCUACCUGGGAAUCAAUAUGGGAGUAUACUUCAUGGAAUGCCCGCUUCAUUUGAAUUCGAUCAAGUACAACACAUGGCUGUUGGCUACAUUGGAGAUAUUUCAAAUGCUAAUAAUGUCACAACGGUUUUUCCCAUUUCCCGUAGCAUCUCAGAUAGAGGCACAAACGGUAUAAGCUCAACCAAGAGCUCACUUCUUGGUGGUCCCUACAAUCCCAUGAUUUUACAAGAGCAGCCUCAAAGGAUUGAAAGGAAUCAAGUAUGUGGAAAUCAAUCUUGUGUGACGUUGGCCUCAAAUACGGAAUUUUCUGCGUGUUUACGAGAUUUUGCUAGUUGCAAUGACGGUUUGCCUCCAAAUCUUCCUUCCGAGAUCCAAUCAAAUUCUUUUACAUCGAGUGACACUAUCAAUCAAGAUAUUCCAACUCACUUUGGAAACAAUAAGUCCUCCAUAGCCAUGGUUAAGGGGUGCAAGUCUCCCAAUACUUCUUUCAUCACUACAGUUGGCACUGGUUUUCCUGUUUUGAGAACAGAUUUACAAUCCCAUGCAGCCCCAAGAUUUGGCAGUAAUUCGAAGGAAAAUAUGAGUCAUAACUCAAAUCAAGGGUGCGAUGUCAAGAAAUCUGAUCCAUCCCAUAACCAAAAUCUGAUGUGCACCUCGAUGAACUCUUCGAUCCCUCCUCUCAGUGUUCUGGGUCCAUCCAGCCAGAUGUUGGACUCAAGGAACGCAGUAUGUAAUGGGAAAAAUGAUUAUAUUAUGACUGGACGAACGAAUCCAUUUAAUCCUUUAUCCAUGCAGCAUAACGAGGUAGAACAGUCAGCAAUCGGGACAACAGUAAAGCUGAAGCAAGGACACAUUGUGGAUCAAACAAGACCACAUGAUUGUCAAUCCUAUGAUGAUGUUGGCUGCUUGGAAGAUCUUGUGAGUGCUUUGAUGAAAGAGGAAACCCCAAAAUUGUAGAGGUUAGGCUUCAUGGAGUAGAUUUCAACAUCAAUUCUAGUGAUUAAUACAUCCCUGCAUACAUUAAGGGACUCCACUUGCUCAAAUUUCUACAGGGCGAAGGAAGCCAUAUGCAGGAUUCCUUUGAUACAUAUGUAACUACUCACGCAUUUGUUCAAACUAAAUAAUUAUUCUAAGGUCUCUCUAAACAGCCAAGAGUUCAACUUUUUCCAGUGUAAGAAUGGUUUAUAUCUUCAAACAAGUGAGAAAUUGAGCCAUUCUGAGUAUGGUAGCCAUACAAAAUUAAAUUCAUAAGUGCUACCAAGCACACAAAACUGUUCUUUAAAAACAACACAUUUAGUUUUGGGAAUUAGGUUAAGUUAAAGACUUGCGGGUAAAUCUUGUCGGUUUUUAUAGUGCUAAUGCUGUUUUCUUGAAUUGUCUCCUGUUGUUUCUUCCUAGUAUUAGAUGAAGAGGAUAGAUGCUCCAAUGUUUGGCCACUUAAGUUGUAAUUGCAAAUUUACCGUCUUUUCAGAGCCCUUGUUUUGCUUUUCAUUGUAUUACAGACCCUAUGAUUGGAAUUUUGGGAUAUUUACCUCAUGUACAAUGUUAGUAGGUUCUUUUUAUUUCCUUAAGAUAUUUGUAUAUGCCCUGCCUUAAGUUGCUUAUGGCAUUUGAGAUUACACUUUUCAACCCAUCGUCGUAACUGUUACAAACAUUUCAUUCUUUGGUCCAAACCCAUAGUAUCAUGCUCUCCGAGAAAAAGAUGCUUCUUGCCAGUGCUUUCCAUUUUUGUUCUUCAACCAAA